AUGGGUAUUGGAUCUCACAUUGGAGUUGAGGCUGCCAAAGAAAUGAGGCAAGGAAUUGGAGACGCAUCAUCGAAUUUAGUUUCUGGUAUGGAGAAAGUGGCAAAAUCAGGCGAGCAAAUUUCGCAGAAUAUGCUUGUUGGCUGGCGGAAAAAUCUCAAAACUUUACAACGUAUAUCCAAAAAUUUCAAUAGUACAAUUCAUACCACGGUGACAAAAACUCUUCUGAGUGUAGAAAAAGCGAUCGCGCUAGGCGAUAAAGUGACACAAAGUAUGCUGUUAGGUUGGAUGGCAAGUCUCAAAGAGGUCAACCAUCUGGUCAAUACCCUGCCAUACGUUGGGCAGCAUACAGGUGAAUUCUUCGCUUUGAAGGCUGUCGAAAUCGUGUCCAGAGGAGUACACGUUUUACUCAAACAUCCAUUGGCAAUCUUCAUCAUAAUUAUGCUCGCGCUUCUUUUGGCCUUAGUCAAUUUCAGAAUUUUUGUGGUUCUUAUUCGUGAUCCUAUUUUCCAAGCGCUCUCGUUCACUACCGUUUUGGUAUCAGCAGCUUAUCUUUGGGACAAACAAAACAAACUUACUGAGCUACAGAGAGACUCAUCAAAAGCCCACGACUACAAACUACAAGAGCCUCCACAUCACCCUGACCACUCCACUGCUUGUCGAUAUGGAUCAGAUUGUCGUGCCAUAGGAGAUGCCAAACAUGAUGAGAAAUACUCGCAUCCUUCUCCUCGACGAGUGGAUAAACUCACUGCUUGCCGAUAUGGAUCAGAUUGCCAUGACAUUGGAGACGCAAACCAUCGCGAGAAAUAUUCACAUCCGUCUCCUCGACAAGUGGAUAAACUCACUGCUUGCCGAUAUGGAUCAGAUUGUCAUGAAAUUGGAGACGCAAACCAUCGCAAGAAAUACUCACAUCCUUCUUCUCGACGAGUGGAUAAACUCACUCCUUGUCAAUAUGGAUCUGGCUGUCGUGACAUUGGAGAUGCAAAACAUCGCGAGAAAUACUCGCAUCCUUCACCUUCACGAGAUGCUAAGCGUGUUCCUUGCCGAUAUGGAUCCGAUUGUCUUGACAUUGGAGAUGCAAACCAUCGCGACAAAUAUUCGCAUCAUUAA